AUCAUUUUUUGUGAGCGAAACUUGAUCGAAAGUGAUCCAAAAUGUCAGUGGGAUCUUCCUCAGAAGUUCACCGGCGAACCAUGCGGAAAACAAGCAUGAUUCGGCAAAGUAUAACUCCCUUGGAUCUCCUCAUGUCCAUGGGAUUUCCAAAACAUCGAGUGGAGAAGGCAGCUGCAGCAACAGGACACCAAGACAUUCAACUUGCCUCUGAUUGGUUAUUGAACCACCUUGAUGACCCGACCUUGGAUGAGUCGAUACCGAGGGAAUACAUCGUCUACGCCUGUGCCGUAGGUCCCCUGGGUGAACAGCUGGAUGAGUUUUGGAACAAGUCUCUCUCCCUCUGCGGUCGUAACGGAGCCCACAGCCUCCUCCCUCACGUCACUCUGUGUUCGUUUAUCACAUGUCCAGACAGUAAAUGUACCGCACUGACCGAAGCAUUCCAAGAGGUGAUUGACCGGUGGCAGUCCAAGGCCCCUGAAGUCCUAACCUUAGACUUCUAUUCCUCUACCAACUUCAUUGGCCUCUUCUUAGAGGAGAGCCAUGCCGAAUACCUCAGGAAAGUCAUGGCCGAUUUCAGUCAGGAAGCUACUAGUAAAACAGGUGUCAAGGUUGAACCUCAUAAGAAACAGCUCCACCUGACCUUAGCCUACCAGUUCAAUCCUAGCCAUCAAGAAGCCCUGGUGAACCUGUCCAAGGAGGUCGACAUCCACUCAGCGGCUCGAUGGGAAUUCAGGCUCUACUCAAGAGAUCCCAGGGCAGCGUCAACAGAAGUUCUUCGAGUUCUGUACGGCCACACACCGAGGGUAGCGGACGAACUGGAGUUGAUCCCUGAUGAUUUCAUCUACAUGUCUGCCAGUGAAUUAGAUAAGAACAGUGAUGGAUGGUUCAAAGGCACGUCUCACAAGACAGGGUGCGAGGGAAUGUUUCCAGGAAACUACACAGAGAAAGCUCCGGAAUCGGAUACAUGGACCGUCCACAGAGUGUUACCGAUCACCAGACCAAGAACAGCUAGCAACGAUGCCAAGAAGGGUAGUCUAGAUCGUAAAGUUCCUAGUCCUCCGAUUCCUAUCGGAUCGGACCUAGAGCACUCUGGUAAUUAUAAGUCAGCAGAGGGCCUCCUUCAAAAUCCACAAGAUCACAGUUAUGAAAAUCUAUUGAAGUUAAAGAAGAUGAAUGAUGUCCCUGUCCCCACCAAGAAGCAACCUAGGAGAUUAUUUAUCAUCAGACACGGGGAGAGAGUGGAUGUGACAUUUGGUGAACAGUGGCUUAUACAUUGCUUUGAUCAACAAGGAAAAUACCAGAGAAAAAACUUGAACAUGCCAAAGAAGGUUCCACAGAGACCGGGAGGGGCUCAGGAUUUUAAGAAAGACUCCCCUAUUACAGAAAUGGGAGUGUACCAGGCAAGAAUGACAGGUGAAGCGUUAAAAGCAGCUGGAGUGAAGAUAUCAUACUGCUACUCAUCACCAGCAUUAAGAUGCUCACAGACGGCACAUGCUGUAUUACAAGGAUUAGAAGCGCCCGAUGCCGUCAAGAUCUGCGUGGACACCGCCCUCUUUGAAUGGUUAGCAUGGUGUAAAGGGGGACUACCGAAGUGGCUGUCGCCGGCUGAACUUGCGACCUUUGGCCUCAACAUUGACCUGAGUUACAAGGAGAAGCUAGCAGCAAGUGACCUUAACCAGAAGGAAAAUUGUCAGGCAUAUUACAAGAGAAGUGAGAACUUUGUCCGCGAGGUCCUGAAAGAAUGUUCGGACGAUGGAGACAUCUUACUGGUUGGUCAUGCAAGCACGUUGGACAGCAGUUCACGGUGCCUUCAGGGCCUGUCCGCACGGCCGGCCAUGGAGUUCUCUCGUAUUGUCCAGAAGGUUCCCUAUUGUGGUAUCAUCAUGCUGGAGGAGUACGCAGAAUUCAGUAUAUGGGACCUGGUUGCACCGAUCAUACCCACGCUAACGCAUGCACCUAAUGGACGAUUUGAUUGGAGGAUCAUGCAGUCGUAAGAGAAUGACUAUCCCCGUGAUUGGAGAGUGAAUUAAGGAGUAUUCUCUGUAUUGAGGAUUGAGGAAGUCACAUUGAAAGGAAGAGGGGAUGGGGGGAGGGGUCAACCCGGAUUUUGAGUCAGUUUUGAUAAAAACAGAAAAGUAGAGAAGAGGUAUAGUUUAUUAUUGACGAAACUCUGUCAAAGAAUGCAAGAGAUGAAUUGUCAGUUUGAUUUUCUUGGCACCUUUUAAUGAAGCUUGUCAGCACUGACAAGCUUCCAUUCCCCAAGAGUAACCAUAGUAACAGUCAAAGAGCAGUGCUUCUCAGC